GACCGGCGUUUCCUGUAAGUCGGCGCUGAGGGCUGAAAAACUGCACAAACCACUUUGUCAUGCUCGGCGUUGAGGUCAUCAGUGUGCGUCCUCUCUUCAGACAACCCGAGUGUCCAUCCCGAUGUGUUUACCGUUUAAUUCAGUGACCCGAGGCUUUUGAGCUGUUGAAUCGUUUUUGGGUUUUUUUAUGCACUGUGAAUAGACUUCGUAGUUAACGCGGAUUUAUUUCAACAUGGAGUCCGGGGAGGCCAACGGGGAGAAGACGGGCUCUCUGUCGGCGGCGCAGAGGAGAGCAGAGAUCCGGAGGAGAAAACUGCUCAUGAACUCGGAGGACAGGAUGAACAGAAUCGUGGGCUUCGCCAAAAACGAGUCUGAAAAUAACGCAGGAGCGUCUCGGCGUCCCACAGAACCCCGCUUCCACCUCGAUCUCGACCGGACAGAGCCGUGGUCCUCAUCCUCAUCUUCUCCAAGGCCGUCUCCUUUCCUGCCAGAGGCGUCGGGGCUCGGCAGCCGCUCCCACUGUGCCACCCCAGAGAGAAGGGGCUCCCCCCUGCCAGACUGCAGCGAGCCGCCCGGAGGCUCUCUGGAAGACGACAUUGUAGGGGUCCGCCAGAGACACAGAGGGGAGCGGGCACUAGAUGACCUCAGCGGGUCUCCGCGCCGAGGCCUCCAGAAGUACCUGUCUCGUUUUGACGAUGCCAUGAAACUGCGGGGUCAGCUGGCCAAUGAGAAGCCGCCCCAGGACGGAGGGUCUGACUCAGAGGAGUUUGAUCCCUUCAGAAUCUUCAGGCUCAUCGGCAGCAUCCUCCUCGCUGUUUUUGUCAGGGUGUUUGUCUGCAAAUAUCUGUCAAUAUUUGCACCAUUUCUGACCCUUGAACUGGCCUACAUGGGGUUGUCCAAAUACUUUCCAAAGGUAGAGAAGAAGACCAAGACCACUGUUCUAACCGCUGCCCUGCUGCUGUCUGGCAUCCCCGCUGAGGUCAUCAACCGCUCCAUGGACACCUACAGGAGGAUGGGCGACGUCUUCGCUGACCUCUGCGUCUACUUCUUCACCUUCAUCCUCUCGCACGAGAUCCUGCUGUUCAUUGGCUCAGAGACUCCCUGACGGGCUGGGAAGACCUCAGUAACCCAGCCCUCCUUAUCGUUGACCCCCUUCCUCUGUCUCCCAUAGCAAAAAAGCAUGCUCAAUUACACCCCCUGACGUGGGUUUGCUGUUGACAGUGUGGAAACGAAAUUCCUGCUGUCUCAUGAUCAGGGUCGCGCGUCGGCUGGAUGAGUGCUCAUCACUUCAGCGCUUCAGGAUUCCACUAAGGCUAAGCUCCAGUGUGUGUGUGUUACAGAUCUCCAAGUUAUCUUUGCUCGGGACAGAAGCUCAGAAAAGGAACAAUCGUCUGUGUUUGUGUGUGUGAAAACUGUACAGCCAUCGGUAAUGCUUGGUGAUAUUUAUUUGUCAGGUUAGGCGCAGAAAAUGGUAAAUGUCGUAUUGAAAAGUGGAAAUCAGUCCAGUUUAUCAUCAGACUUACAUUACACUUGGCAGCCACAGAUGCCAUUUAACCUGUGAAUGGGAAACACUGGUGUCCCUCAAGGGCUGGGCGAUAUGAACUGAAGCUCAUGUAUCAUUAAUUUGAAAAUUCUGAUAUUGAUGCAUAUCACGAUAUACAUCAUAAAAACUCCUCAUGUGUCAAAAACAAAAUCUUUAGAGAGUAACUUAAUACCAGGCUGAAAGGCAGUGUUUUUCUGCCCUCCCAGGGAGGAUUUGACUGAACCUUGUUAAAAGAUAACACAGGAAGUUCAAACUGCCCUGAUCCAAUUCCAGUGAAAGCUAAUAGGCGCUAAUAUUAAAUUAUUGCCCAGCCCUCAGUCUUUCUAUACCCUACUGAACUUCAGAGAUGGUGCAUAAGCUUGGCAAGAUGUCAUAUCCUCAGCUAAUACAAAACAGACUCCUCAGCAGGUGUCUUACCCUUCUGUAGAACCAAAUCUACUUCUGAGGUAGAUGAUGUCCCAACUAGUAUCCAACACUAUGAAUGCCUUUUUGUCAUAUUAGUUAGCCCUGCGGUCGGUCAGCAGGGUUGGGGUCACUGCGUUUCAGUUCAUGCCAUUCAAAACCUGGAUCUAAAGUUCACAGACCGCUGACAGACCUUCUUAGGGUACAACUUACUCACUUUAUUACUUUUUGACAUAAUCUAGUUCCUGAAAUGCAAAUGAAUUGACAACGACCUUGGAGUGAAGAGGUUUAUUAAGGUUCUUGAUCCAUUAUGAUUGACAGUCGCUAACUGUAUUAAGCUGAGUGUCAUAAGAUCAUAAGAACUGACAGAGGCAGGUGGUUUACUUUCCCUCAUACAGAAUAUCAUCGACCCCUGCUGAUCUGUUGCAAUGUCUGUGCCUCACGCUGUAGACGACCUGGAGGCUUUGCAUUUGUAUCACCAAUAGUAACCAUUGUGGCGUCCAACAAAGAACCUCCUUUUUAAAUAAAAAAAAAAGAAAAAGAAAAAAAAAGCUUAAUUACAUAGAGGUUUAGGAACAUUUGAAAAUGUGUGCUCUGAGAUUGGUUUCAAGGUUAAGAACAUUUGAUCUCUGACUUUAUUCGGAUUCAAACCUUUGAAUUAUUUCGUCUUUUUUGCUAAUUCUGUGAUUAAGUUUAAAGAUCCGACAAUUUUCUCUGAAAAUUUCGCCCUCUUCCCUGCUAUAUAGUUUGACAAGGACCUCCAGCGUGUCUGCGAGGGCACCUUAAAGCUUUCUGUUGAAAACAAGGACCUCAGGAAGUAAACACAUCCCUAAAAUCAGCCUACAUUUAAACACACUAAUGAUCUAGUUGCAGGAGAAACAGCCCAAUCUUGUACUGAGCUAGAGGUUAGAACAGAAGACUUGGGGGGGGGGGGGGGACGACUACUACUCUGGAUCAAUGAAACAAAUGAGUACAAAUGGUUUGAGAGCAAAUGACAAACUUUUCUCUAUUGCAUCAAACUCACAGCUUGUUAUUCUGAGGUCAGAAACCGCGAGGAACAGUGAAACAGGUGUGCCUCAAAUCUUCGGUUAGUUAGAGAUUAGAAAGAUAGUUUGAGUUUUUAAGAACAUUAGAGGCCCUUCUUUUGUGGCAUUGUCAUCUUGCACCACAAGCAGGAGAUGCUGAAUUCUUCAACAACUGAAAAACCGAAAAAAAACGAACUUGGUUCGAUAGAGCAAGAGUAGCCACUUCCUGAUGAUUUUAACUGGCGUCUUAAGAACUUGAACUAUCUAAUUGGUGGAUAUGAAUCGUAUGUAUUUGUGUUGUGACGGAUUUCCUCACGGGCUGUGCUUUAAGUUGUGUUUUCUGUUGAGAUCUGUCAUCCAGUGUUCAGAGGGGUCCACAUACAUUAUGAACAAGUGGCUUCCUUUUGUUUAAGUUGUGAAGUCAGAAGAAGCAUUUAGUCCUGGAAUGCGGAGUGUAUUAUUUUUGCACGGCUGUGAGCUAAAAAAAAAAAAAAACGCAGUAAACUUCAUACAGUAAAUGUACGUAAAGAAAAGUGGGAUUGAUGGGAAUGUUUUGGGUUUUACUGGAAAAGUACUGUCACUGCAGUCUUGCGUGAGGCAGUGGGAGUUCGUACACUUAUUUGUGUUAAGUGAUUCUGGUGACUUGUCCUGCUUUGCCUUCUUGAAGCCUCAUUCAUACACACGUUAUAUAUAAUAUACUCUCUACUUCUGUGCUGUUAAUGUCCUCGCUGCAUACUUUCAAUUUCAUCCAAAUUAAUUUAUUAAUGUGAAUUUUUUUUUUUUUCAUGUAAAUGAAUUGGUGUGAUUUAUCUUACUACUUGUCUGACAUACUUGAUUGUUUUUGAUAAUGUUUACAGAAUAACUGUUUUUAAUGGCUCCUACAGUACAUAUUUGAACUUACGGAACAAAUUUAGUGUUGACAUGAUGUAAACAUUUGCUGCCCUAAAAACAUACACAGGAAUGAAUAACCGGACAGUUCAUACCAAAUAAAUAUUACUUGUGUGA